UGUCUAUCUCACUCUCACUCUCUGUGCAGUUAUAAUCAUUCGUUUUCUCUCUCUAUCAUUCAAAUACAAAUACAUGUGACCCUUUUUUCCAUCUUUAUGGAUAUGAUUUGAUGAUAUUAAUUAAGUUGUUGAGGCCAACUAAACUGCUUUUCUCUCACACGUAGCUUUACACAACCAUUCCUAAUUGGUUUUACUGCCUGAAAACUGUUAGAGAGAGAGAGGAAUGGAUUCAAUCAGUGCCCCUCAGAAGGCUUCCAACUAUGAUGAAAUUUUCAUGCAGAGUAGUUUGCAAUUUGCAGAAAGCUUGAAGGAUCUGAGAACUCUAAAGAAACAGUUGUAUUCAGCAGCAGAGUAUUUUGAGUCUUCUUAUGAUAAAGAUGAUCGCCAAAUGCUUGUGAUGGAAUCGUCGAAAGAUUAUGCUACAAAAGCUGUGGUGAGCACUGUCGACCAUUUGGGGUCGGUAGCUGAUAAACUCAGUAAAUUCUUGGAUGAAAAGGCUAAUGAAUUCUCUGCAACAGAUAUUAGAAUUUCUUGCAUUCAACAGAAACUAAGCAAAUUUCAAGGAUUCAUCGACGUGAGAGGCGUAUCACAACACACAUUAAUUGUAGAAGCUCCCAAGCACCAUAAGCAGUACAUUGUUGCAGGUAUUUAUGUUAUUCUGUUUUCUGAUUUCUUUGGUAGUAAACUGACUUGGUUGUAUCCAGAUAAUCUGUCUGCUAAAGCCGUUCAAGCAGCACGACUGAAGCCUCAACCACCAUUAUCAAGAAAAGGACACCCGAUGGUUCCUUCAGACGAACCAUCUCAAAAUCAUUCCCACUUUCCCUUCACGCGAGCCAUGUCUAAGAAAGAUACAGGGAAGCGUUCAGUUUCACCACUUAGUUUUCCGCUCAAGAGGUCUGGAUCGUCUGCAUACAGAUCAGUCUCUCCUACCCCUUCGUACAGUAAUCAACAGAUGCAAUGGCAGAGUCCAUCAGAGCCACGAAGAGCUAUGUCAGUGUGCAGAAUAGGUGGCGUGAAGAGGGAAGGACAGAUUGUAGAGUCACAUACCAAAAGAAGUAAGAAUCUGUUCAGAGCUUUGCUUAAUGCGCACCGGUCAAGAAAGGAGAAUCAUAAGCUGCAAACGAUGUAUAGAUAGAUAGAAUUCCCUUUGGCUGCUGCACAUUUCUUUUCAAGUAAUAAAGGGUUCCUAGCUUGUGCUAUACUUGCAGCUGUUGCUAGUUGAUAGCAUGCCGCUUGAGGCCUAAAAACCCAUGAGUGAAUAGGUUUAGCAUUGAAACAGAAGAGUGGAGUUUUUCCUUCAAUGUUUGAACAAGAGAAUUUCUUAUCAUUGCAUAGAUACACACCUUUUGGCAAAAUAGCUAAUUUGCAGCUUCAAGGCCAAAUAUCAGUAUGCUUCAUCUGUAACUUACGAUUGUAUUAGAGGAUUAUGAUGAUAAGAUAUCAAGCUCUAUGAACACAA